UUAAAGAAGCUGUUGGGGAGAAGCUGCUGCGAUGUCGUGUCGAACAUUUCCUUUGCCGGCUUGUCUUCGCCCUGAAAACGGCUGAAUGAGUUGACUUUAGCGCCGCUAGCUAAAGAGGACAAGUUAGCAGCUAGCAGCUUUGCUCGGAGCUCAACCUGUAUGUCUGCGAGCAACCACAGCCUGGGAGGAUGCAAAGUCUUCAGGACAACAUCUUCUACCAGCUAAAUUCGAGGUUGGGAGAUGAUGGAGGCCUUGAAAAGGAGAGACAACUUUUGGCUGAAGAGCAGAAGUUAUGCAAAGCCCGAGCUCGCAAAUUUUCCCUGGAAACCAACCGACGCAGGAGGGCUUUGGAUGAAAGACGGAAGCAGUGGGACAUGCAGGAGCAACGGCUGAGGGAGAACAUCCUCCAGCAGCGCAGACAGCAAGUUCAGGAUGCAACUGAGCGUUUCCAAAGAGCCCAUCUACCUCCUUCUCAGAGACGGAGACAAUCUUUUAGAAGAAACGUCACAAAUAUUGAAGAUGCACUCAAUCAAAUUCAAGACGCCUUGAGUUCGUACACCCGGCAGUCCUCUUUCUUGUCCAGCAACACUAACAUUAGCAGAAGCUGCACGCCCUCUCCUAAGCCUCCCACAGCGUCUAAAUCCUCCCACCGCCAGGCACUUUCUGCUGUGGAGGCCUACACGAAACUGCUUCAGGAACAGAGCAGAGCAGAGAAGCAUCAAGAUCACAGUCCACAGAACAGCCACCUGUCUGACUGCUGUAACUCUGAGAGCCUUUCAAGUAAGGACAGUUUGGAGAAUGAGGACCCCAACCACAGUGCAAAAGAUCUACAGAGUUCCUAUUCGUCGUUCUUGCUUGACUCACAGAAGGCCCACCCUGACGUGAGAAACCAGCAGGAUUUGUGCCCAGCGUCAGACUUGACUUCUUUUUCAGCGAUGAUGCUUCUUGGUGAUAGCUUAGUCCAAUCAGGAAAGCUGCACGAACCGAAGCAGAAAAAGCAAGUGGACUCUGAAUGGCCCAAUGAUAAGAUUCACAUUUCUAAAGCUUCUUGGGGUUUCACGUCCGUCGAGCAAACGACAAAAACAGAGACCCAGCCCGCUUUGCACAACAGCAACUUAUUGACUCUUUGUGAAAUUAUCAGUGGCGAUCCAGAGCACUUUGAGGUGAACUCCACACAAAACAGUCCCAGCGACAACACCGCCGUUACAAAUAGAGUUGCUCUUGGCAACACAGAGUCUUCAUAUCCUAAACAAGAGGCUCUGUUAGAUCUCAGACAGCAGAGAAUCCACGAUGACAGACAAUUAAAAUAUCCAUCAGCUACAGAAAUUCCUUUGCCUGCCAAAAAUGGCAACAGCAAAGACGUUUUGUUUGGGGCUUGCCCAAAGCCAGGUAUUUUCUUAAACGAUAAAACAACAGAUAAUUUGUCGAAAGAAGGAACUUUUCAGCAAACAGGAAAAGAAAACCACCAUCUGUCACCCCAGAAAGAACCCUAUGCAAUCAUUAACAAUCUCAAUAAGAUUUCAAACUCAGAGCCCAAAACCGAGAAGUCCGUAAAUACAGCAGUGCUGCAACACGUAUGCCCGUCUAAUAUUCAGUCAGACACACCUAAGUGUCUUGAAUGUCCUGAGGAAGAAUUACCCAAACUGCCUGUUCCAAUAGCGUCAUCUCAUUCAGUAUGUGAAGUCAGAUUUAUUAAAGGAAUCCUUAAAAAGCAGUCGAAAUACGUGUCGGGAAAUGCUACGUGUGUGUACGGCUCAGGACGUUUGAUUUUUGCAAAAGAAGUAGCUUUAUCAAUCAGAGAUAGUGUUGAGUUAACGAGGGCAAAAACUAAGGAUGUGGCAGGCAGCGGCGGCGCUGUCAAAAAGAAACUUCGCUGGUUUGACGAGGUGCAUGUGGAAAAAGAGGCCAAAGAACAGAAUGUAAUGAAACAGAUGAAGUCUUCCAGUCUUUCUCAAUCCAAAAACAACUCCGAGGACCACCAGCUAAGUCACGCUGCAGUCUCAGGGACUCCCAAGCCAGGACCCAGCAUGACCCCUGCAGCCUCCACGGGUUAUCACUUUACAAAAGAAGCAUGGGCAGAUGUUGGGGUUCAUGUCAGCGUGCCCCAGCAACGAGCAGAUGAGGUCAAGGUGCCGCGGAGCAGCACCAGGACCGGUGGCCCCAAGGUCCCUCGGAGAGAGCGCUCUGCCAGAGCCGGAGCGGGUCCUGUUUCCUCAAGAACAAGAAAGGGCACUGUCAUACGACCUCAAUCUGCCACUGAGGUGAGUCAGAUUGCCAAAACCCAAGGGAAGAUUAUGGCGCCCCGCCCACCUCCUCGGAUAGAAUCAGUGGAAGACAAGACGGCGUACAUCACCAAGACUCCAUAUGGCCUGGAUCUGGCCGGCGUCAACUAUAAACAGGCCCUGGCCGUAGAGCAAGCCCUGCACAAGAGCAACUCUGAGGGCUUCUUCUCGCCUAACGCACAUCAUGUAAUCACAACAGAUAGCGCUGUUAUGUACACACCUCUGCCACCCUCGUACACUUGCCCCUUCUCAGAGGUCAACGCAAAGAGCGCGUCCAACUCAGGUCACCAGGAAACUCACGGCUACAGCAGAAGAAGAGGGAUGACGUACAAUGAAAAAAGCAUCUGUUUAGAUUGCACCCCGACAGAUGAGGAGAUUUCACAGCUCUGGCACGGUGUCCGCAGUGCCUUAACCACCAAGGAUGCAAAAACCUUACUGAGAAGACAUGCCCCGGAGAGUGGGCAAGUUUUACGGAAACACUGCGUUGAGCAGAGCCGACAGCCUGCUGGCUCGGGGAACAGAAGACUUCUUCACAGCUCUCAGCAAACAAAACAGACUGCAGAGCUGGUCAGACCGUUUUCAAUUACUCACAACACGGCCUUUCCAAACGAAGGUUUUGAGAGUGCAGCCCAGUUACACCUGGCUGAAGCGCACGCUGAAGGCCUGCUGGAAGACAGGGAUAUCGCGGCUGCCAUGGAGACAGCCCAAACACAGAGGUCUGGAACAGUGCAGCAGCACAGCCAACAGCAGGGGCUCACCACCAUUUCCUUGGAGGAGAAGAAAAUCCUCCUUUCUCUGGACAGACUCAACCACCAGCUGCACUGUGUACAGGAACACGUUGGGGGUAAUGCUGGCACGCACGGUCUUGUGCUUAUCGAUGCACCCUAUACAAGAGAAGCGAGAGUCAUAAGCCAUUACAAGCGCCGUGCAUCGUCAGCCAACAGCCGCUCUCGAUACCAGAAGAAAUUCUGACGUAAAGCUCGUGUGGUUGUGUAGUUUCCACUGAUCCCAAUGCAUACUGUCCUGCAACGUACUGUUCAACAAAGCACUUUAUUACCCAGCAAAAUGCAUUUUAACAAAAUGUGCCUACAACUUAGAGAUCUAAAGGAUAAGCAGGGACAAAAAAAACAAAUGCAGAAUUCAACCAAACUGAAUGUUGAGUCAGUUUUGUAUUUUCACCUUCUGUUUGGACAUAUUGCCACAAAGAAUUUAUUUAAUUGUUGUUAAGCCAUCAGGCAAUCAAACUCUAAGUGCCUAUGAGAGCAACACUGGCUUCAAUAUGUUUUGAUUUUACAAACGCACUUAUAUCCGUCUCACAAUUGACACAUGACCAGCACUGACUGCAAAAUACACAAACUGUUGAUUAAUAUGUAUUUUUCAAGGCUGCCCUAUUCUGGUUUUAAUUUAUUAAGUAAAGCUAUAAUUUAAUAACACUGUUUUGUGAUCAUAUUGGACUGAAUAA